UGGUGCAUUCAUAGCCGGCGGUCAAGAGGCACCGGUCUCUCGCCUGCUCUAUUUAAUUUUUAUUCGCAAAUUCUCCACGUAGUAGCAAGGACUGUUGUCGCGUAUCUAGGAAGACGUACUCGAGCUAAUAUCGACUCUUAUAUAUUUUUUUUAUCUUAGAAUAACGUCGUGUUUCAAGUGAGACGCUUGACUCACUUUUUCGAGAUGACUAAAAUACCAGAAGCAUUUUUGAAACAGUUAUGGCUCACCUUCGGCGCUUCACUCGCUUUCCUUAUUAUUGGCCUGGUUCGAGGAUAUUCAGCUUCCGCAAUACCUUCAAUAGAAAACCUGGAACCGGAUCUCAUUCAGCAUAGUGAACAAAAAUCAUGGAUUGGUGCGAUACCACCGUUAGGUGCCUUCCUGGGCAGUAUGUGUUCCGGACCAUUAAUGCAACGUGCGGGCAGAAAACGAACUUUGCAACUGACUGCACCACUUUGGGCUGCCAGUUGGCUAAUCCUCGGAUUUGCACCUAACUUUCCGCUCGUAUUGUUGGGUCGUAUCAUGUCAGGCCUUUGCGUCGGUUUCGCUUUAGCGCCAGCACAAGUAUAUGUAAGCGAAUGCUGUGAUCCUGAAAUCCGUGGAAGGCUCGGAUCUCUGCCUACACUGUCCAUGUCACUGGGCAUUCUAAUCUCCUACUUGGCCGGUAACUGGCUGUCAUGGAGACAUCUGUCGUUCCUCUCCGCCUUGUUCUGUGCGGCUUUAUUUUUUGUUCUACUCCCGUUACCUGAGUCUCCAAUAUGGUUGAGUUCAAGAGGCCUGGACAACACAUCCGCGGUCAAGUGGUUGCAACUCUCCCAACAUGCCAUAGCUACCGUCAAAGAGGACGAUCAAGAGCACAAUGAAAAAGUAGAAGAGCCCAAAAGUCUAUUUACACGCGAAGUAUUCUUUUCUUCAGCGGUUAUCAAGCCCCUCAUUGUUGGGUUUGCCUUGCUCUUCUUCCAACAAUUCAGCGGUAUCGACGCCGUCAUCUUCUUCACAGUCGAAAUAUUCCAAACCGCUGGAAGCAAGCUAGACGCGAUGACAGCGACGAUCAUAGUGGGCGCAGUGCAGUUGUUCAGUAACGGCGUCAGCACCGUCCUUGUGGACCGAGCGGGCCGUCGGCCGCUGCUGCUGCUCUCUGCGGUCACAAUGUGUGUUUCCAUGUUGUCCAUGGGAGCUGCUUUCUACUUUCAAUUUGAACACAACUCUUUACUGGGGUACCUGCCGAUUGCCAGCUUGGUGGUGUUUAUGCUGGGAUUUUCACUUGGAUUCGGAGGUCUUCCGUUUCUACUGCUCGGGGAACUGUUCCCCGCACAUUACCGUUCUCAACUGUCCGCCAUGGCCAGUGCCGUGAACCUCAUGUCCAUGUUCACCGUAAUCAAAUCUUAUCAUGCUUUGGAGCGCGUAUUGACUUCAGCGGGAACGUUUUGGAUGUACGCUUGUUUCUGCGCUUUGGCAUUUUUCUUCGUUGUAUUCAUGGUUCCUGAAACGAAAGGGAAAUCUCUCGCUGAGAUAGAACAACACUUCCGGGGCAAGAAGAGGAAAAAUGAAGUCGAUUUGAAAUCGGUUCAAACGAAAUUUUAGUCAUAGGAAUGAAAUAAAUAUACAUAAGAGAUACGGUUGAAAAUGUACGUCUUCGGUUUCUUGGAAAUAGUUGUUUAUAUGUCAGUAUUAAUAACUCAAUAUAGUUUUAGAGAACUUGGUUAAAAAUCAUAUAUGUUUCAAAUCUGUUACGAGCGAGACCGUCGAUUGUUAAUCGUACGGGUGCAUUUAUACUGAAAUAGUUGUCUAUUUGUGUAUUGGUAAUUUUUGUGCCUCAGAACGUCAGCAACGAUUACAUACAGUAUUACAUUUAUUGACAAUUUGAUUUGUCACUAAUGCGCUGGAAAACACGGAUGUUUCCAUUUUGUUUCUUAUGACGUAGCUUUAUUACACAUUUAAAAUUCGUUGCUUUCAUGAUUUCACCUCAUUAACUUUGUGAAUUAUGAAGUUGGACCUUUGUUGUACUAUUAAUUAUAAAACAUAAUAAAAAUAAUUUGUUCAGUGAAAGAGAUUCUCUUGUAUGUUAUUAACUUUUUAAUAAACUUUAUUACAUUUGUUUGAUAAUUUAAGGACUAAAUGUGUCGUUUUUUUUGUAAAACUAACUGAAAUAGUUGGUGAUUUUUGUUAAUUAUACGAUAUUGUAAUUAUUUAACUUUUAGUAAUGACAGACACUUACCAAUUUUCCUAUAGUCUAGACGCAGCUUUACAAUAUAAACGCUACUAAAAUAAUAAUAAUGUGUUGAUAUUUUAAGUAUUUGAUGUCUGUGAUAAUGUUUUAAUUUUAAUGUAUGUUUGACGUUUCUCAUAGUUUGGUAAAUACCGUAAGUAGGAUAAUUGUGUAAAGCCAAAUAUAUUGUAUUUAUGCGGUUGAUAAAACUGCUCUGUGUGUUAGCAAAACUUUAACAAAGAGUAUUUAUUGAGUUGCAUAAUAAACUUGUGAUAUUGCA